UUCGCUUCCAUCAUGGCCCCUGCUCGAGCCCGACUCUAAAAGAGAAGAGACAACGACGACGGCAGACAUCUUUGUUUCUUGCGGACGAGUUUCGCAUUCAAAGUGAACAUUUUUUCGCCGUUUUACGCAAUUGCGAGUGUAUUUCAAGGUGGAAAAAUGUGCUGAAGAAGAAGUUUCCGCGGGAGAGAAACUUUUGAAGUGGAUUCUAGCCGUGGAAAACGGUUUAAAAAGUGAAAAAUAACGGUGCGGAUAGGUCGAAAUAUUUGUAGUUGAGUGUAUGGUAGCUCUACGGUGUUAGAAGGGGAAGGUGGUAGUGUGCGGACAAUAAGUGGAAGCAGGAGAGCAAAAGACGGAAAUUUUUCGCAGUUUCCCUUGUUACACUCCGUGUGUAGAGAUAGCUGUGUGUGUAAGAGAACAAGAGAAAGGUAGAGACAAACAUCAACAAAAGCGGUGUCCGUGCUGAGGAGCGAAAGAGAGUGAUCCAACAAAGGGAAGCGCAAGAGGCGCAGCAGCUGCCGUUUCGGAUUUGGACGGAGCUGGAAAACGAACAGGAGCAAUGUCCUCCCAUCAGGAUAUAAUGUGCGAGGUAGAGAUAUCCGAUUCCAACAUCGUUGAAGUGGUAGACGAUGGCCACUUUGGAGCAGAAAUCGGCUACGAACAGUAUGAGGUUGGUGUCGGAGACGACCAGUACGAAGAGGUGACAUGCGAGACGGAAGAUUCCCAAGGACUAAUGAUGCAUCAUAUGGACGAUGACGAAGAAAUUCUGCAUCAAGAAGCAGACAUUCAGGCUCACGAAGAAGUGCUGGAUUCUUCUGGGGAUCCUAUGUGCGUGUAUGGGGAUAUCAAUUUGGAGAAUGAGAUUUACAUUGAAUCCACACCCGGUCCAAGUUCGAGGAAGCGAAAAUCUGGAAUGAAACAACCUCGUAUUGUGAAUCGAAUCCGGACGAAUGACGUCCACAAUUUAACGGCAGUGGAAACGAUGGAUGUUAAUCAAAAACCAAGGCGAUGGGAACAGAAGCAAGUACAAAUCAAAACCAUGGAAGGUGAAUUUAGUGUAACGAUGUGGGCCUCCGGAACCGAUGACGAUGAUGGGUCGAAUCCAGAGCCUGAUCCUGAUUACACAGAAUACAUGACGGGCAAAAAAAUUACACAGGAUAUUCCAGGAAUUGACCUAUCCGAUCCUAAACAGUUAGCUGAAUUUGCAAGGCCGAGUUAUAAGACGAAAAUGAAUAAAUUAGUUAACGUAGCAACGGCUGCAGGAAUGUUGUCCAAAAUGGGAGCUUCUGGGGGAGAAUCAUCCGAUAGAAACAUUGCCUGUCCGCACAAAGGUUGCAACAAAAUGUUCCGGGAUAACUCAGCCAUGCGAAAACAUUUGCACACGCACGGACCUCGAGUGCAUGUUUGCGCUGAAUGUGGGAAGUCUUUUGUGGAGAGUUCAAAAUUGAAACGGCAUCAGCUAGUGCACACUGGCGAGAAACCAUUCCAGUGUACAUUCGAAGGUUGUGGAAAACGAUUCUCGUUGGACUUUAAUCUACGAACCCACGUUCGGAUACACACAGGUGACCGGCCGUAUGUUUGCCCGUUCGAUGGUUGUAACAAAAAGUUCGCUCAAUCCACCAAUCUCAAAUCUCACAUCCUAACCCACGCCAAGGCCAAACGGAACAACAGUGGCGGUGGUGGCGGAGGAGGAAGCCGGAAUAACAAUGCUAUGGUAUCACAUCCCAUGGUCAGCGUACCGGCGUCACAAUCAUUGGUCAAGAUGGAAACAGUGGAAAUCUAUAAUGAUCCGCAGUACAUCGUCUACACCGAUUAGAUUAGGAGAGAGCCCGGAGAGGAUCAAGCUUUGAUGAACACAUCUCAGGAGGAGCAGGAUGCUGAGGAGUGCGUUGUUUGCGUGUCCGAUCGAUCAACCUUUUCCAUUGUAAAUUUUAUAAGGGAAUCCUGCAUGAGGAUUUUAGAAGCUUAUCAACUUUUUAUUUUGAAUUCAUAUAGAAUGAUGAAGCGGAGAAAUUUACAAGAAUUACGAAUUAAAACCCGUUCGAUUCAUUUUAAUUUGGUAUUUCACUAAAGUGUAAAUAGCUUACAAAGUCGUACCCCCCACCCCGCAAAACAAUCGGGUGAUGAUUGUAGUUUGAAUUUCCAGAAUUUCCUUGCGGUUUUUAGCAGUACCUAUGGUCUCUUUAAUUACCCUUGAUUAAUGUUAGACUAAUCAACAUUAGUGCAUAAUCAAUCAAUUUCGAUCAUUAAUGCCGUUUUCAUUUAAUUUGUCGUAGGCAGAGAGCUACACGUGAAGAAAUGUGGGCCCAGAAUGUGCUGGCGAUGAAAUAGAAUACACAAAUAACUGUCUAUUAUAUUUUUAAAGUAAAAUGUGCAAACAACACAAAUAAACUCUAGUAGUGUAAAAAGUAGGUUUUGUGCGAAGUUUGAAUGUAUUAUGUAUUCGUGUGUAUGUUUGUAUGUAUGCGUUUAGCGUCAUAAAGGGUCAGGUGCGCAUCUCUCUUGAAAAACAAAGCAAAAAACAAAAAGUCAGGUACUUUUAAGCCGUGUCCAAGAGAAAUCGAUUGCAAUCUUCUAUUUCCUCCCGCCGGUAUCCGGAAGCCCUUGCUACCAAAAAUAAAUCUUUUUUUUUUCGUUGCCAUAAAAAUCUAUAUCCCAAAGACGCUAGCUCCACAAAUGCCAGCAAAAAGUGUUCUGUUAAUAAUUUUCCAAUGUGAGAGAAACAGUAAUCAGAAACUGGACGCAAUCAACAACGUUCUAGUAGUUGUCUUUCGUUCAAGUUUGCUCAUAUCCUCCUACUACCCUACACCGGAGAUGGUGUUUGUUCUUUUAAGACCUUUCUCCCCCUGUCCGUACAAACAUCUGGCACAGGAUGCUACCGCGAAGGAUGAAUGAAUAUUGCCAAGUAAAUAAUAGAAAGUAGUUGCACUACCAACCAACAAACAAGGGUGCGUGUGAGUGCGCGAACGACGUGAUUAUUAGUUGGUAACGAUAAAUCUUACUCUACUUUAAGGUGAUUUAUUUUUAAUAAUAAAAAAGUUUGAAAAAGAACAAAAUCUGAAGAAAAAAGCUACUGAACUAUUAUUAGUUUUCAACAGGAACGAAAAGAAACUGACUAAGGAUACAUGAAAUUAAUUUAAUAAAUAGAACCGAUAAGAAUUAUAUUAUCCUUGAAAAAGUGUAGUUACGACAAAAGGAAAGGUAAAUGAAACAAAACACGUGAAAAAUAAACAAAAAUGUCAAAAUCCA